AUGUUCGAUCUUGAGUCUUUUAAUAAAGUAUUGUUUAACCAAGAAUCUGGUGUUGUUUUUGCUAUUUGUUCAAAUUUAAUUUAUAAUGUUAAUGAUAAAGAAUGCAUUAAGAAUGCAGAAAUUUUAAUGAAAUAUUUUCAUGCACAUGGUAGAUUAGAAGAAUUACUUAUUUGGGCAUUUAACAAACAAAUUAUCACAAAAGAUAAUAAAAAUAUAUUGUUUAAUAAUGAUGGGUAUUUUUCUUUAUUUUUUUAUGUAUUUGCAUUAAAAUAUAUUCCUAAAUUUUUUCAAUCUAUUAUUCAUUUGCUUUAUGAUCAACAACAACUAAUUGAUAAAAUUAAUGUUAAUAUAUUAAAUGGAAAUUGUGAUGAUUAUUCAGAAGAGAAUAAUGAAAAGUAUGUAAAUAAUUUAAUGAUAUUGGUUAAAUUAUUUCAUAUUAUUCAUGACCAUAAAUCAGAAAUUUUAAAUAAAUUCUCUCCAUUCUUUAUUCAUUUAAUAAAAAUUGUUUUUAAAAGAAUUGAUCAAUUAGUAGAAGAUAAAGAAGGAUUAAUUAAAAAUGAUAUUUUCAAUGUGAUGGUAAGAAGUAUCUUUAACAUUGUUUCUAAUGACAUUGGACUUUUUAAACAAAUUGUUGGAAUUGAUUUUUAUGAGAGAAAUUCAAAAGUUUUAACAUUUAUUUCUCAAUUGAUUACAAGAGUUGUUGGUGUUAAAACAACUGACAAUGAUAUUCUUGCACAUCAAUUAAGAGGUAUGUUAAAUAAAGAAGUUGAUAUUGAUAAUUUAUUAUUAUCUAAACAUAUAAUGAAUAGUCCUGAUGAUGAUAGUUGUAAGUUUAUUGAAUUAACACCAGAAAUUAUUAUUGAUUUAGUUAUGUUAAUAAAAACAAAUUCCCUUCCAAUGAAAAAAUAUUUAAAUAAUAACAUUAGUUCUCAAAUAUAUCAGUCAUUAGAAUUUUUUACAAGUAAUAUUGAUGAUUAUAAUACUUAUGAAAAUUUAAUUCAUUCAUUAAAUCAAUUUGUUCAUGACUAUUAUGUUCAAUUAUAUAUCAGUGUAGGACAGGCUGAUAAAAUUGAAGAGCAGUUUUAUGAAAUAAAGGAAGAAUUUGAUGAAAAAUUUUAUGAAUUAGAAGAAAAGAAAAGAAAGAAUCAAUUAUUAUUAGAACGACUAAAUGAACUAAAAAAAGGAAAAGAAGUUCAUGGAAUAUCAAAGGAUGAUUUAAAAUCAUCAAAUCUUUCUUUCAGUUCAAAUGAAUUAAAGUCAAAUCAAACAAAGAAAUCUUCUUUAAGUGAUUCUUCUCUUAAAAGUGUGUUUGAAGGUAUGGAAAAAAAACAUAAAGAAACAAUGGAAUCACUUAAAAAAAUAAGAGAAAAACGUAUUGAACAAAUGAAAGAGAAAAAGAAACAAAUAAAAAAAGAAUGGAGUUCAAAUUGGAAAGAAUUUAAAGAAACUCGUGAAGAAGAAAAAAGAAAGAAAGAAUUAAAGAAGGUAUUGAAAAAAGAAAAAAGAGAAGAAAAGAAAAGAAAAAAAGAACUUGGUGGGGAUUUAACAAGUGAAAUAUCAAGUUUAUCUUUGAGCACUUCCACAACAAAUUUGAGAGAUAACAGUUCUGAAAUUAAUUAA